AUGCAGUGCUAUACAGAGCUCACGCCACCCACUGGUGUGCAGUACAGUCUCAGCUUGCCCUUCACCUCGGCGCAAAGCAAUAAUCUGGUCGUCGCAAAGGGCUCUUUACUGCAGAUUUUCUCGACAAAGACUAUUUCUUCCGAAGUCGACACAUCACAGACCCGAGAGCAACAGGCUUCCAGGGCCGACGAGCCUUACGACCGCCGAUUGAACGACGAUGACGGCCUCGAGUCUUCCUUCCUGGGCGGCGACGGCAUGCUGGUUCGCGCCGACCGAUCAAACAACACCAAGCUCGUGCUUGUCGCCGAAUUCCCAAUAUUUGGUAUUGUGACGGGACUGGCAAGAAUAAAAUUGCAACACUCCAAGUCAGGGGGUGAAGCUCUCCUGAUUGCUACAAGAGUUGCCAGGCUGAGCUUGGUCCAGUGGGAUCCCGAGAAACACGCACUCGAGGAUAUCUCUAUCCACUACUACGAGAAAGAAGAACUGGAGGGCUCGCCAUUCGACGGUCCAUUGAACAAUUACCGCACAUAUCUUGCUGCCGAUCCAGGUUCGCGAUGCGCCGCCCUCAGGUUUGGCCCCAGAUACAUCGCCUUUCUACCCUUCAAGCAAAUCGAUGAGGACAUAGAUAUGGAUGACUGGGAUGAAGAUGUGGAUGGACCUCGGCCGGCAAAAGAGCCGUCAGCUGCAGCGGCCACAAAUGGAACUAGCAACAUAGCAGAUGUACCAUACUCAACAUCAUACGUCCUCCCUCUUCCGCAGCUUGAUCCCAGUCUCCUUCAUCCUGUGCACCUCGCCUUCUUGCAUGAGUACAGAGAGCCUACCUUUGGCAUCAUAUCCUCGACACAACGCCGCUCCCACACCCUACCUCGCAAGGAUCACUUCUCUUACAAGGUCUUCACGCUCGAUUUACAGCAGAGGGCCUCGACCGCGAUUCUCUCCGUCAACAACCUUCCCCAGGAUCUCUUCAAAGUCAUCGCCCUGCCAGGUCCCGUCGGUGGCGCUCUACUCGUUGGCACGAAUGAGUUGAUCCACAUAGAUCAGUCUGGAAAGCCGAAUGGUGUGGCCGUGAAUGCCUUCACCAAGGAAACCACAAACUUCCCUCUUGCAGAUCAGUCUGAUCUGGAUUUGCGGCUCGAGAAUUGCUACAUUGAACUCAUGUCUGCGGAGAAUGGGGAGUUGCUCAUGGUCCUGAGCGACGGACGACUGGCCAUCAUCACUUUCAAGAUUGACGGACGCACAGUCUCCGGGGUCAGCGUCAAGCUUGUCCCAGCCGAAGUUGGCGGCAAUAUUGUCCAGUGCAGUGUUUCCUCCAUCUCGAAGCUUAGCAAGAAUGUUUUCUUCCUAGGAACUACGGGAAGUGACUCACUUGUUCUCGGCUGGACACGAAAGCAGACGCAGAAUGCACGCAAAAAAACACGGUUGGUCGACGAUUCGUUCGAGUACGACCUGGAAGACGAGGAUAUGGAUGAUGACGAUGACGACGAUCUGUAUGGCGAAACGACGACAACAGCGAUUCAACCCGGUGCGACUGCCAAUGGGGUUUCCAAAGGAGGAGACUUGACUUUCCGCAUUCACGAUUCCUUGCUGAGCAUAGCGCCCAUCAAGGAUAUGGUAUCGGGCAAACAAGCGUUCGUCCCAGAUAGCGAGGAAGAGAAGAACUCAAUCGGUGUCGUAUCUGACCUGCAGCUCGCCUGUGCGGUGGGUAAGGGCAACGCCGGCGCUGUUGCUAUCAUGAACCAAAACAUCCAGCCGAAGGUCAUUGGCAAAUUCGAGUUCCCAGAGGCUAGAGGAUUCUGGACCAUGUGCGUUCAGAAACCCAUUCCAAAGUCCUUGCAGGGCGAUAAGGGGGCCAAUGCCGCAGUUGGCAGCGAGUUUGACGCUUCAUCUAUAUACGACAAGUUUAUGAUUGUUUCCAAGGUCGAUCUAGAUGGAUACGAGACGUCAGACGUUUAUGCUCUUACUGGCGCAGGCUUUGAGGCGUUGUCAGGGACUGAAUUUGAUCCCGCGGCUGGCUUUACAGUGGAGGCGGGUACUAUGGGGAAGCAUUUGAGGAUCAUUCAGGUUCUCAAAUCGGAAGUACGGUGCUACGAUGGAGAUCUUGGGCUGAGCCAAAUCCUUCCGAUGCUCGAUGAGGAUACCGGCGCUGAGCCACGGGUGAUCAGCGCCAGCAUCGUUGACCCUUAUCUUCUCCUCAUCCGGGACGACUCGAGCAUUAUGGUGGCUCAGAUCGACAGCAAUUGUGAGUUGGAGGAGAUGGAAAGAGAAGACGACACUAUCCUCUCAACGAAGUGGCUUGCCGGAUGCCUGUAUAAAGACACGAACGGUCUCUUUGGCCAUAGGCCAAAAGAUGAGGCCGCGACAGAAGACCACAGCAUUUUUAUGUUCUUGCUGAGUGCGGCAGGGGCUCUCUAUAUAUACGCUCUCCCUGACCUUUCCAAGCCAGUCUACGUUGCUGCCGGCUUGACCUAUGUCCCUCCUUUCCUCUCUGCAGACUAUGCAGUCAGGCGAGGCACCGUCCAAGAGACGCUGACUGAAAUCUUGAUGGCCGACCUUGGGGACGCUACCGCCACCUCACCACACCUCAUCCUCCGUCAUGCAAAUGACGAUCUCACUAUAUACGAGCCGCUUCGUCCCACGAAACAGGACGAAUCCGUUGGUCUGACCAAGACUCUUCAUUUCCGCAAAUUCAACAAUCCUUCUCUUGCCAAGAGUCCAGUCGAAGUUGCCGACGAUGACGCCAACGAGCAACCGCGGUUUGUUCCACUCCGGGCCUGCAGCGACAUCAAUGGUUACAGCACCGUCUUCUUGCCUGGGGCCUCGCCGUCCUUCAUCAUCAAGUCCGCCAAGAGCAGUCCGAAGGUUGUCGGCCUGCAGGGCAUUGGUGUGCGCGGCAUGAGCUCAUUCCAUACAGAGGGCUGCGAGCGCGGCUUCAUUUACGCUGACUCCGAGGGCCAAACGCGAGUCACACAGCUCCCUGCGGAUGCAAACUUUGCCGAACUGGGCGUUUCUGUGCGCAAAAUUCCCGUGGGAGAUGCGGUUGGCCUGAUUGCCUAUCAUCCGCCAAUGGAGACCUACGCCGUUGCGUGUAGUGUCUCUGAGGCCUUUGAGUUGCCAAAGGAUGAUGACUACCACAAGGAGUGGGCCAAGGAAACCACGACCAUAUACCCCCGGACUGAACGCGGCAUCAUUAAGCUCAUGAGCCCUACUACCUGGUCCGUCAUCGACACGGUAGAGCUCGAGCAGCAUGAGGUAGCAAUGUGCAUGAAGACGCUUCACUUGGAAGUCUCCGAAGAAACCAAGGAGCGCCGUAUGCUCAUCACCAUCGGUACCGCUAUCAACCGCGGCGAGGACCUACCCAUCCGCGGCCGUAUCCUCGUCUACGAUGUUGUCCCCGUCGUUCCGCAACCCGGCCGCCCGGAGACAAAUAAGAAGCUCAAGCUCGUUGCGAAGGAGGAGAUCCCCCGCGGCGCGGUCACCGCUAUUUGCGAGGUCGGUUCUCAAGGACUCAUGCUCGUUGCCCAGGGACAAAAGUGCAUGGUGCGUGGUCUUAAGGAGGACGGCACGCUACUGCCCGUCGCCUUCAUGGACAUGAACUGCUACGUGACGGCGGUCCGCGAGGUCCGCGGCACGGGCUACUGUCUCAUGACGGACGCUUUCAAGGGCGUCUGGUUCGUCGGGUAUGCCGAGGAGCCGUACAAGAUGAUGCUAUUUGGCAAGAGUGCGGGCAAAUUCGAGGUCUCGACGGCCGACUUUGUUGUUGCCAGCGACGAGCUGCAUAUUGUCGUCUGCGAUAAGGACGGUGUGAUCCACGUGAUGCAAUUCGAUCCGGAGCAUCCCAAAUCACUCCAGGGCCAUCUCCUUCUAAACCGUGCUUCCUUUUCUGCGGCACCAAACCACCCAACAGCAACCCUCUCCCUCCCCCGAACCUCGGCGUCCCCGUCGCCGGCCAACGCCUCCAAGAACCCGCCUACGACCCUCCUCCUCGCCUCUCCGACAGGCGCCCUCGCCUCCCUCAAUCCCCUUGGGGAACAAGCCUACCGCCGCCUGACGUCCCUGGCCAACAGCAUCGCCGGCGCCGUGCCCCAGGCCGCGGCGACGAACCCCAAAGCCCACCGCCUGCAGCCCCUCGACGCGCGCACGCCCGGCGUCGACACCAGCGCGGGUCGCAGCAUCGUGGACGGCGCGCUCCUCGCCCGCUGGAACGAGCUCGGCGCCGGGCGAAGAUUCGAAGUCGCCGGCAAGGGCGGCUAUGGCGACGUCCUCGAGGUCAGGGGCGAGUUGGAAGGUGUCUUGGGAUGGAGCGGGAUAGCCUACUUUUAA